AAGAUCUCCUCCCUUCGACUAGCUGACUAGCUCUAUAAGGCUAAGAAUCUCACGGUCAAACCAUCGCUAGCUUGACAAGUGACGGCUCGAAUCCGCUCGAUCAAAAUCACAACUUCAACUACGACCACAACUACAAUUAGUCCUACUCUUCUCAUAAUUUACUAAAUAUUUCUUAUUCAGCAGCUCAACCAAACUUGUCUUAUUAUUCCCAUCUACAUUCUUACUUGUUUCUUUUUAUCUUUGCUGUCUUCCCACCCUUUGUGCUUCUUAUCUUAUACUCCUACAGUUAUCCUAUCAUUUGCCUUACCAAACUUCGAGAAGCUCACCUGCCCUGUUGUGUACCUCGUUCCUCCUUCCACACUUCCACAAGCUUUUACACCGAGCGAGACCCUAAUCAAGCAAAAAGUUAGAGCAAGCUACAGUCUACUGCUUUCUUCCUUUCUUCACUCCUUCCAUCCUUCAACAUCAUCGAAACAUUGAUCUCAAUCUUUGCUCACGAAACAUACCGUGCGAUCUUGCAAUCCUCAUACUUGGAAUUUUCACAUUCAAUCCGAUCAACACAGACACAGAGUCAAUUGGAUUAUUUUUCACCUUCAGUUUAUGGACGUCGAGCUUUUAUCUAAAUUCUAAACCUCUAUAUAGCUACAGAAAACUUCUGGUUCAAAUCGAAAAAAAGUCUCACUAGAAUUAGACGGGCUUUUCCCCUCCAAUCUCCCCUCUGUGUAGUUCAGCCUCAUUCUGGUCGAGUAAAUAUAUCGGGAUAGCCGCGCUCAAUUCAAAUUCUUGGAACGAAUCUGCUGGACGUUCUCACCAUUUCCGCCGCUCAAAAUAAACUACAUACACAAAAAUCUGUGGUUGGCGAAAAGGCCCACUCACGUAACGCAUCGAUUGCCUCACUUUGAGACCUUUGAUGGGACAGUCGACAGCAAUCGAUCGAGUGUAUAUACAUAGCCACGAGCCGCAGAAUACAAAUUCAACUUCUUUUGAUAAUUCGAUCCUCAGUCGUCAAAUUUUAGCUAGAGCAAUCUGGAAGGCUUAAAUCCUUUCUUUCAGCCGCACUCCAAUUAGUCGUUCUGCCUCUUCAUCCUCAUCGAUUUGCAUUGCGGCCAGUGCUCAAGCAACACCAAAGAAAUAGCACGGAAAUACUCGAGCUGAGGGAGAUUCGUAGAUGCUUAGGUGAACAGGUGUUACGGUAGCACAAACGUCGGAACCGGAAGAGCACGAUAUCAUUCCACGCAUGUUCCCAAGCAUCUAAUCUGUUCAGAUUCGAGCGAAAUAUUCCCCAGAUCUUGCAAUGGAGGGUGCGGAAAGCGGCAGUAGGUCAAGUGGCAUCCUCUCCAUCAUGAACCGUGAACACUUCGAGCGCAUAAAUACAGACACGAGAUAUAUACAAUCAAAUCCAAUGGCUGCACCACCAAUUGCCAGUCCUGCGUCUGCUCACUACCCAAACGGUGCACCAUACUCCGCAGGAUGGCCCAGUACUUCGCAUAGCGGCUUGAUAUCUCCUCCAGAGUCGCGGAGGACGUCGAAUGACAAAGCGCACCCGCAUCCGUUGCAGACCAACACUCAUCGACAAUCUUUACCAUCGAUACAGGAAGCUCUGAGCAGCACUUCUACUAAGCCCGGUCCUUAUGCUUCGCCUGUAUCCGCCUCUGCACCGCCAUCGCAUCCGCAGAGUUCCUAUGCACAAUCGCAAGUGCUGCCACCACCACGAACACAUGAGCAGGGCGGAGGAUUUCAGUCAUCUCGAUCGCGGCAACCUUCACCUCCGAUGCCUAUUCAACCGCCGCCUUUCUCACGCCCAGACUUAGAUUCAAGGAGCUUUGCGGAGCCAAGGAGACCAUCAUUGUUACAUCCUUCGAUUCCACAACCUCCACCUGCAAACUCAUACCCACCGCCUAGAUAUGAGGCUCCUAGGUAUGAACAGGAGCCCAGGGCCAGCGAAAGAUUCGUUGAGAGGUCAAUGAAUGACUAUGGCCAACCAUCUCCUUUACACAAUCAACAUCCAUAUGGAAACGCUCCAGCGCAACCGGUUCACCCUUCUCAUCCUCCACCUCAUGGGCAAGGUUACCCUCAACCACCUUAUCCACCACGGGAUGAAAGGGAUUUAGGCGGUGCUGGGUUUAAGAAUUAUAAGACUCAACCGGAGCCAUUUAAUCAGGGCUUAAAGCGACAGCUUGAGGUGUGGGACGUGGAUAAUAAUUUAGCUCAAAUCAACGUUUCUAGCAAUGCUUUACAGGAUUGGUCGCGUCAUUUCCACGCAAUAAGUCAAGAACAACCACGCUCUCACAUUGCAAUCCCGGAAAGAUCACCCGACCGCAGGGCCAUUGAGGAGAUGUUGGUUCACGGUAAUCGAGUUGUAUCUUGCCUUCACCGCAUGUUGGAUACUGUUGUACAGCAGCAGCAUGCAGCCGACGAGCAAUCUCGCGGUGCCAGAUUAGCUACUGACUACGAUGAUGAGAGCGUCUAUGGCGACGAUAGACACCAUCAAAAUUUUGGUGGACCGGAUAAUAAAAAACGCCGAGGACGCGCUGCUCCACCAGGCAGAUGUCACAGCUGUAACAGAGCGGAGACUCCCGAAUGGAGAAGGGGGCCAGAUGGAGCCCGUACGCUUUGCAACGCAUGUGGGUUACAUUAUGCGAAACUUACCCGCAAAAAUACGAUGAAGCAGUCACAAGGUUCAACCGGAUCAUCACUUCGCCCCAAAUCUUCGGAAGAUCACUCACCACGGUCAUAACCUUCUUAGCAGUACCUAUAAGUGAAAGAUAUCACCAAAGCACAAAUUUAAUGUAUAAAGUAUUCAGCGUUACAGAGCAUGAAGAUCUUUAGCGAUCUUCAUCAUGGAGUUACGGAGAGUUUUGAUCGGAGGAUCACGGGAAUAGGAAAAGUCGCAUAAUUACACGUCUUUCAGGGCGGAGAGAACACAUAUUGGCUUUGUUCGAGGGUCACGUAUACCAGGGGCAUUUUGGCAUUUUGGUACUCAACUUCAAAGAAAGGCUUUUAUUUAGUUUUGGUAGCAGAAGCAUAAGGAAAAUUUGCUUCCAGGCGUUUUGGUUUGAUUUUGAUAGCUACGGCUAUGGGUACAACAACGAGCUUUGAGACUCUGGUUUGGCAUCUGCAUAAGAUGGCGUUUUGUUAUAUUCCCUCUUACCAGAUGUGGAUUUUUGAGUAGCACUGAAAUAUGUGGAUAUCUCGGAUCGUGGGAUCUGGACUUGGGCUGGGAUAUCAUUUUAUACCAUUUUGUACCAUUUUUUUAUACCUAUUGCUUUUCUUUUCUACAAUAUAUGAUUUUUGGCACCCGGUUUCUGGAAGAUGCGCACAUUCUGUUAUUGGAUUUCUUCCCAGGGGAGUCAUCACCAUGUGGAUACCUAGGCACAUUUAUCAGGAUCGAGCUGGGCUUACGGUGGAGGCGGGAACAAAGCCAAGUAAGGAUACACAUUGUGGAAUAGGCUGGGUUGGCUUGGAUACUUCAAGAAUUGUGAGAUUUGGUAGCAGGGGGGGAGGAUCCAAAUCCAGCAAAAAGGCAUGCAUCUCAGCGGACGUUGUUCGGAGGCGCAAUGUAGAAAUGGCUGGAUAGAAGGGAACGGAAGGGACGGCUGAUCUUGCAUCUGAAUCUGAUCUGAUCUAACUCUGAUCCUAAGCUCUUAAUUGCUUGUCAGAUGAGUGGUCCACGGAUCGUAGAUGCUCUUGGUAGUGUACAAAUAUUUUUUAAUCUAGUUACAAUCAAAUCGGCUGGGAUAAAUCAGGAGAUAGUAUUGGACAGAGCAAGACAAGACGGCAAUGAAAGAAAUUAAGAUAAUACCUG